AUGGCGGCUUUACCCAAAAGAAUUAUCAAAGAAACCGAGAGAUUGGUGCUGGACCCUGUCCCUGGCAUCAACGCUGUGCCAUCCGAAGAAAAUUUACGCUACUUCGAGGUGACUAUAGAUGGGCCCUCGUCGUCGCCAUACGCAGACGGUCAAUUCCAGUUAGAGUUGUUUUUGCCGGAUGACUACCCCAUGUGUGCGCCCAAAGUUCGCUUUUUGACAAAGAUCUAUCAUCCAAAUAUCGACAAGUUGGGCAGAAUCUGCCUCGAUGUGUUGAAGAACAACUGGUCGCCUGCUUUGCAGAUUCGAACCAUAUUGUUGAGCAUCCAGGCGUUGUUGGGCGCCCCCAAUCCCGACGAUCCCUUGGCAAACGACGUUGCACAGGAGUGGAAAGCAGACGAGGCCAAAGCCAUUGCUGUGGCCAAGGAAUGGACAGAGAUGUAUGCCAAAAAGGCUUGA